GAGGCAGCUCCUGUCCCUUAUGUCUCUUUGUGGGGAACAGAACAGACUUCCCAGAGCAUCACUGGAGACAAGACAGAGCUCUAGGGAGGACACCCCAGGUGCAGACCUCCAUGCAAUCCUGACCUCAACUUCAGUGGAUGCCAAGAUGAGCACAAGGAGAGAAGAUGCAGACCCACUCAAGCUGGAGUAAAACAUCCAGGAGUCCAAAACAGGAGGUGGACCUUAACAGCUGGACAAUCCAAGAGGUCAAUUUUGAGUUGAAAACGUCAUGAACAGCAGAUCAAAAUCAACAACGCUGGACUGGAUCGCUAAGAAAAAGGUGGAGUCUUAAUUUGAGCUUUUAGUUUCUCUGUAGAAAAGUUUUGUUACAGAAAAAUCAACAAAGUACUCCAUAUCUUUUGCAGCUAUUAAGGUUAAAAGCGCCAUAUGAAAUACAUACAAAUGAAGGAAAGAGGAUAAUUUAGCUUAGUAUUUUUUUAUUAUUUCUAUCUGUCUCCAGAGCACUUUCCAAAUAGUCAUUUGUGGUAUGAAACUGAGAUGCUCUUUAAAGAACAUCUUGAAUGGUCCCGACAGUACUCUUAAUUCACAAGCCAGGCGUUUAUCUUAUUUCUCCAGCUCUUUCUGAGAGGGAGCAUUAAAGACUUCAUUGAUAGUGCUCUUGGGGAGCGGGUAAUAUUUCUUAUAUGAAGUCUUGAAACUUUACAGCUGUUGACUGGAGGGAGAGAAAAGCGCCACAUAAGAAAAUGAUGUUGAGCUGUUUCCAAGUGUGUGUCUGGACUAACGCUGCAGUAGAGCACUGAGGACAGGAGAAAUGUUCACAGGAGGUGGAGUGGUCACUGGCCAGAACCAGUACCUCAUCAGAGACGCUGUUAGGCCCCACCCAGGACUUGAGAUGAACAAACCGAUCCAAAUGGAGAAUGGGAUAACCCCAGGGACCUGCCCUGUCUACCAGGCUCAAACUUACAGCAAUGCUGGCCAGCCAGCAGUGGUCAAUGUUUCCAGCCCGCUGAAGCCAGCAUCACUACCACUCCCUCCCCCUGCACUUAAACUAGGGCAGGAAGGGUUCAAGAAAGUCUGCCGAACUGAGGAGGACAGCCCCUGUCCCUUUCCAGGACUAGCCUCUGGGGUGCUGGAGAUGCGCGUGAAGGAGGGAAGUAAGAUCCGCAACUUAAUGGGAUUUGCCAUGGCACGGAUGCAAGGAGAGAAGGGUGUAAGUGGGGGAGGUGUAAGUGGUGGUGGACUGAGGCAGGUGGUCUUCACUGGGUCAGGCCGUGCAGUCACAAAGACCAUUACCUGCGCUGAGAUCAUGAAACGAAAAGUGGGCUCUCUGCACCAGCUGACUAAACUCCAGUACAAGGUGGUCAAAGAGGUUUGGGAGAGUACUGAAGGCGGGACAUCUGAGAUGACGGUGCACAGGACUGUGCCCUCCAUCAGCAUCCUUCUUUCCAAAGACCCACUGGAUCCCCAGGAACCAGGCUAUCAACCUCCAGAGACUCUCUGUGCGCUGUGGGAGGAGAAAGAAGGUGUCGAAUCUGCCUCACAGACAGCCUGCAAGAGACCUCUUGGACCUUUGCCAUACAGCAGUUUCACUCACUGUAAGAGAGUGUGUUUGGGGGAAGGAGUCUCAGUCCUCCCUCCUCAAUGACUGGCUGAACCGGUGUCAAACAGUGGAGAGGAUUGAAUCAGAGGAGUUCAUUUGGCACUGCCCUCCACUCAAGCACAAUGCUGAGACAAUCAGAACACUCACUCAGACAGAACAGUGCUUUCUCAGAAGAACUGAGUACCAAUUCCAGCCUCCAGAGGUCAGUUUGACUGGGACCUAAAAGCUUGCCUCUGUACAUAUAGCAUUUAAGGGAUGUGCUUUGCGGCACGUCCAACACGGUCUCUCACAUCCACAAAACUGUGAUGAUGUGUGUUACUGUGGUAUAAAAUCUUUAACAGAUUUAAAUCCCAUUUCACAUCAAGAAAAGAAAAAGCCAUGAAUUGCACAGGUUCCAGAUUCCUGGUUGCAGUAAAGUAUCUACAGCCUGUGGACAAAAUUAUUUAUUAGCAUCAUGUUACAAUCAUCUCUAUUCCUCCAUGCUCUUAAGUGUAGUCUUUAAAAAUACACAAGGUAGAUCCAAGAACAGCUUAAAAGCCAUUGAUGAUAUGACAAAUGCAAAACAUAGCAAUUUUAUUUGUCUGAUUAUUAACUCAUGAAAACAAUAUUGAAUAAAUUGUUUUUUUUCCACCCGA